UUGUUCCAUUUUAUGUCAUGGAGCGGCGCCAUUUUUGCCCUUUGGUGUGUGUUGGUUUUGCCGAUUGAUUACAAAUUUAUAUAAUUGAGCGUGUAUGGUUCAAAUACAGCUUUUAUUUCAUAUUUCGGUUAUGAUAAUUCCAAUAUUUUUCGUCCUACCACGGUAUCUACCGUUGCUCGUGAUUGUGAUGUGAUCCUAGUGUCCGCUGUGGUGCUCAAAAUGGCGACUAAAGCGUUCUUAGAGAAGAAUGCGUCAUAAAUAGAUGCGGUGCAUGUGAAAUCCUUAAGUCUAAAAAUAGAGGACUUGCAUAUUAUAUACUAUUGCGUGUAUUGCAAUGAACAAUGUCCAAUACAGUGAUAACUAAUUACACGGACCUUAAUGGACCUUCCACUAAGACGGACAAUUCUGUUGUUGUUAUUGUAAACAAGGAUGGAUCUCUUUCUGUGGACCAAAAGUUACUCGGCACUUUGAUGGGUACUGAUGGCACACAAGGAGCUAUCAGUGUUGUACGAGUUGGACAUGAAGGCAAACCAGAUGAUGCAACCGAUUCAGAGACUGAUGAUGAAAAAGUCCAUCAUGUCACACUUUCUGUGGACAGUUAUUAUAAUGAACCCGACAGUAUAAUCAAAUAUGACAGUGGUGCCGAAAUGUUGCAGUCCCUAAGGAUAGAGACUAGAGAAAAUAGUCUGGUUGGCUUUCAGAAUGAUCAUUGUUAUACACCACUCACAUCUCCCAGCCAACAAACACCCAAAAAGAAUGAGAACCAGUUGUCUUAUGAGGAAUCAGUUAUUGAGAUCACUCAGUCAACACCUCCACCACCACCACCCCCACCAGCAAAAACAUUGCCUAGUUCUAAGAAGAUAACUAUAUUAGAGCAACAGAUUAUCCCUAAAGGCAAAAAGAUUCUCAUUAACGCCACAGAAUCUCCAGUUAUACUAAAAGGCAAUGAUGUUUUAAAUAAACCACUGCCUACUAAAACAAAGGAUGUUAAAAAUUUAGAAAAAUUGGAAUCUUCAUUUAAACCUGAGGAAAAUAUUGAAUCAUCAUCAAUAAGCUCUUCAGGAGAAAGCAUACCCGACAGGGAUUCAGAUUCUGAUUACAGAGAUGCUAAGGAAAAGUCAGGGUCAUUCAGGUUAAGGAAAGCCAAAUUGAAACCUAGGAUUUUGAAGUCUGCACAAUCUGCUAGAGCAUCAAGAUUAGCUGAACACAAAGCAACACCUAAAGUGAGAGCAAAUAAGAGUAUAAUAAAGAAGGAAAACAAAGACAAAACACCCCAACAAAAAGUGAAUGUUGAAUUAAAAGAUAAUAUUGACUUAGAAACCAUUUUACCUUCAAAUAAAAUAUCAACCAGUGUAGAUAUCACACCUAAAGAAAUUAGUAAAGUGGUUGUAAAGCAAACCCCGAAGCCUGUUAAAAAAGAAAAGAAAACACCAGCUCAUGUUACUGCUUUGUUGUCUGACAUGACAUCAUUGUUUUCAACUCCAGAUGUUAUCAGGAGAGUUUCAACAGAUAACAAAACACCUGUUAAAGAUGUGCCAUCUAGUGAUAAAAAAAUACCAAGCACUCCCAAAUCAGAUUUAGUUGAGGCAAAAGUUUUGGAUGUUGCCAAAACUGUUGAAAAUGUAGAAAAAGCAAAGCAAAUGAUUACUCCAAAAACACAAAUAAAACAUAAAGAAAAGGUUGUUAAUCCAUCUGAAAAAGUAACGAAGGCAUAUGAUCCCAUUCCUCAGCUUGAUGAAGUUAGUUUGGCUCAAAUAUUGCAAGAUACCAGCACCCUGCCAACUAACACAGUUAAGAGCCAGCCAACAAUUACAACAGCAAAUACUAUGAGCAGUCCAGGCCUAGCCGGUCCAUUGUCACCAACUUUGGACCUUCUUGCUGGCUUGCAACCAGAAGAGGAAGGUCUCACUGAAGAUUUGUUGAUGCAUGUUGCUCAAUUAGUGGAAAGUUCUGAAAAUUUACAAGAAGUUAUAGAUAAGCAAGUUUUGGGUAAAGUGGACACAGUGUCUCCAAAAAGUGCCAUGCAGUCACCAUUUCAACAGGCACAUACAUCAAGUAAUUUAUAUGCCCAAACCCUUUCAAAAACUGUACAGAAGAAUAUGCCUCCAAGAAAAGAUCCAAUAGAAAUUGUUCGUCGAGAUGGUCGAGUCAUAACUUUGCCGCCUAUUGAGGCGCCUGCAACGCGCUCGUCAAAACGCAAGAUACAAAUGGAAACAUCAACCACCAAUGAUGUUAGUCCUGUGACAUUGGCGCCCGAAUCUCCUGUUUCAACUACACCAGAACCACAAGUACAGGCAGUUUCAAAACAAUAUGUCAACAAAAAACUCACAAAUAAGAAGCAAGAAAGCUUACUACAAACAAAUCUUAUGGAUAAGUUAUCAGCAGAGUCUCAGGAGAGCUGGAAUUCUGAAGAUGAUCCUAACAGGUUGUGGUGCAUUUGUAAGCAACCUCACAAUAAUCGCUUCAUGAUAUGUUGCGAUAGCUGCGAGGACUGGUUCCACGGCAAGUGUGUCAACAUCACUAAAGCCAUGGGACAACAAAUGGAGGAGCAGGGUAUAGAGUGGCGAUGUCCAAACUGCAUCAAGAAAGCCAAAGGUUCAACUAAGACUAAUAGCAAAAGUACAGGGAUACUACAGAAAAAAAACGAGAGUGAUAACAUGGUAAGUGAAUUAGCUACACCUACAAAAGAUUACCAAUCAAAGACGAGUUGUAUUGUCUGCAAGAAACCGGCUCGCGCGAGUAGUAUUUACUGUAGUGACACUUGUAUACUGAAACACGCACAGGACUCACUUGGAAAUCAAACCACAAACAAAUUGGAUGCUGAAUCUGGUAAAUCACAAGAGAAACAAAAGUCUGAAUCAAGGGUAAUUGUUUAUGAAAGAAAAUCUGGUAGAUUAUUGGCUGGGCCAAAUGCUCCUACUGCUGAAAAUCUAAAAGCAUGGUUACAGAAAAAUCCCACAUUUGAGGUAGUUCGUCCUGGCACUCUUAAUGCAAUUAAACCUAACACAUCUAAAAAGAAGGCAACCACUGAACCUAAUAAGAUUCAAACUACACUUAACUUUGAGAAAAUACCGAGGAAACUUGCAGAACAAUCUACACCUGCUAAGCCAAGCCCAGGAGAGACAAAAGAAAGACCAAUUAAACUCCACAUAACAUCACAAAAAGAAGAGCCGCCUAAAACGCCGCCACCGAAAACGCCAGUAACUCCAAAAUCACAACUUAUACAAAUUAUAGAAACACCAAAAGCUAGUACAUCAGUUGCAAGGACAGUCAGUGAACCCCGUAAACCAGCUCGGAAUAGUCUCAAUAGAACCCCAUCUGUAACAGAGAAGACUCCUGCACAUACACCAUCCUCAUCGCGUAGAAAAGAUAUUCCAGAACCCAAAACCAAAAUGAAUACGGAAGAAUCUAUAAGAGACAAUGUAAGGAAAUCGUUACAAGAGCAGAUGACUAAUCGAAUGGCCGAAUACGAUGGACCCAAGUUUAGUGAAGACGAAAUACAACAGUACGCUUUCGAGACAGAAGAUGAAUUACACGAUUUGUUCCGAGAUGUGGGAAUGAAAUAUAAAGCAAAAUACAGAUCGCUUAUGUUCAAUAUAAAAGAUCGUAAAAACCUCACUCUAUGGGAGAAGAUCUGUGAAAGAUCCAUAACUCCUAAACAAUUAGUAAGACUUUCACCAGAAGAGCUAGCAAGUCAAGAAUUAGCGCAAUGGAGAGACAAAGAGGCCAAACAUCAAUUAGAGCUGAUAAAGAAAUCCGAAUUGGAUUUAUUAGCUGCUAGCAAAACAUAUGUUCUUAAAACACAUAAAGGAGAAGAGGUGAUGGAAACAAAAGAGUCUGUUUCAACAGAGCUAGAUCCUAAUGUACCCGUGGAGGAUGUAGUAUCGGUCUUAAAUGAUGCUAUCAAUGACGAACAGCCGAAAGAAAAGGAAAGUUCGCCUGAUACCAGUACACAUAAAUCAAACAAGGAUAAAAAGGGUAGUAGCCGAAAAAGAGAAAGAGACAGCAGUACCAGUUCAACCAAGAAAAGCAGACGAGAAUCAAAGAGAGAUUCUAAUAGGAAAUCUCGCUCAUCAAGAAGAAAAAGAUCUGAAUCUCAUGAAAGGGAAUCAAGAGAAGGACAAAGACGGUCGACGCGUAAAUCAGAUAAAAAAUCGACAAGAUCAAGAUCAUCAUCGAGGGAUAGAUCUAAAAUAGUAUCUAAAGAGAAAUCAGAGUCCAGUGAGAGGUCCAGACGGAGGUCGAGGUCAAAGGAUAAGUCGAGAAGGCGAUCAAAAUCACGCACUCACUCGAGAUCAAAUUCAAAAGGGAGAGCAAGAUCCAGAUCCAGGGGACGAUCUAAACGUCGCUCACAUUCAAGGGACAGUUCUAAGAGAAGACAUAGUUCUCGCACCAAGCGCACUUAUAGUACCGAUGACAAGUUCAAACAGCGAUCGAGGUCUCAAGAAACUCUAUACACUAAAUCUAAAAAUGAUUCCACAGAUUCAGAAUCAUUGGAAAGACCAAAGUCUGCUAUGUUGAAAGAUCAGCAUCCGGAAUAUGAUCCCCAUGAACCGAUGAUAACAUCGGCAUUCUCUGAAGAGGAUCUCAGGAAGUCCAGGGAGGACAUGUAUGAUGAAACCUAUAAAAAUGAAAUUGACGGCGGUGCAGAUUAUGAUCCGUCAAAAACAUAUUCAAUUGAUGCAGAUAUAAAUGUGCCCGAUAUUACAUACAAUAAAAUCCAAGAAAAACUUUCAGAAGCUGAAAGCGAUCAAGAGCCGACGAGUACAGUUGAGAAUUCAGCAGCAACAGUCUGGAAUGGAUGCAUAAACAUGGUUGACGUUGCUAGGUUUUAUGUCGCCGCACACGAAGUUUCGGGAAGCGCCGUAGAUUUAGAAGAAGAUCUCACUACAGAAUUAGAUAUUGUUGGCAGGAUAAAUCCUGACACAGUAUGGGAUUAUAUAGGAAAAAUGAAAAAAGCUAAUAAUAAAGAUAUCGUCAUUUUACGGCUACAAGCCGCAAACGACGAAGAAAAGAUGCAAUAUAUUGCAUUGUAUAGUUAUCUCAGCAGUCGCAACAGGCUUGGUGUAGUAAAGGUAUCGAGCACGACGACAGUGAAAGAUUUUUACAUCGUGCCGCUUCCGGCAAAUACAACUUUACCACCAGUUUUACUACCACUCGACGGUCCCGGUAUUGGAGAAGUGAAAACGCAUCUUCUACUCGCUAUCGUCAUUCGCCAAAGAAAGAAACGUUUGGCCCCCCACAUUCCUAGAGAUGUUAUUCCAGCAAAGGUGGUUCGGAAGUCUCAGAAGCGCUCGUACACGCCGCCAAUGCUGGGCAAGUCUACGUACACGCCGCCGACGUCGCCGCGGCGUCGCGCUCCGCUGCCCAUGCCCGCCUACAUGUCAUCUGCGCUCUCUAAUACUGUUAAGGAUAAAAUCGCUGCUUCAUUGGCUUGUACUGAUGAUGAAGCUUACAGUCCCGGCUCGUCGAGUAGCAGCAGUAGUUCCAUACCACAUGCACACCCUAGCUCCACUUCAAACACUUUGCGAACAAAAAUGGAAGAACUUAACAGACAGAUCGAGGAGCAGAAACAGCAAAUACUUAAAAUAGCUCAGGCGAAUUCUUCCAAGGCUGAGGAGGAGGCGUACUCUCCGUCGAGGCCGAUGAGUCCGCCAGGUAGUGGCGUGCCGCUGGCCGACAUCGCGCUGCCGUCGAACCUGCACGAGAUCCUCGCCACCAUCAAGCAGCGCUCGGAGAGUUCAGUUGCGGACGUAGACAUGCGCCCGCUCCCGCCGCUACCGUAAUCUGACACUAUUCUUUUUAUUUCGUUUUCAAUUGCAAGCACAAUGGUUCUUAUAUUGUGCUAAUAUGAUCGCAUUUAAUUUGCAUAUUGUUGGGUUACAUUUCAGCAGUCAAUGCAUGUAUGUUUCUUUUUCUACUUUUGUAGUGAUUGUAUUGUAGAAUAAAUUGAGUUUAAUUGUGUUGCAUAUGUAAUGUAUGGAUGUUGAGUUUUAUGAUACACAGAGACUGUGUAUAAAGUUUAAGCAACAAGCUGUUUUUGUGCAAUAAGUGAAUGUUAUAUUAACCCUAUCUUGGGUAGAUGGUGAAAAUGUUUGACGUAAAUUUAGUUAACUAUGAAAUAUAUUGAUUGCAGUGUGACUUUCUGUAUAUACCUAAAAUUUAUUUAAUUUUUAUUAGUGUACAAAAAGUAUAGAAAUAUAUUAAUAGCUUUACUUAAACGAUUCUAUUUUACACAUGUAAAAUUUUACCUAUAAGUCAUAGAUAAGAUGGAAUAAAAACAUUUUAAAUUUA